AUGGACCCAACAAUCCUUUUCUGCAAUCCCCAGAAAACCAUCUUGCCUAAACUUGAGUUCUUUCGUUCUAUAGGCUUGUCAAGCACUGACAUUCCAAGAGUUAUCUGUGCUAGCUACUGCCAAGCUUUAUUGUCCCAAAGCUUAGAAAACCAGCUAAUCCCUUGUUAUAAUUUCCUCAAGAGUGUGCUUUUUCUCAAUCAAAAUGUCAUUAAAAUGUUGAAGAGUCGUCCUAGGGUUCUUCUAUUCAAUGUGGAAGAGGUACUUGCCCCUAAUAUAGCAACAUUGAGAGAAGCUGGGGUGCCUCAAUCCGUAAUCUCGUUCAUGAUGUGUCGUUCUCCUAACACACUGUAUCAGGAGAGUCUCAAGUUCAAAGAAGGUGUGAAUAAGGCAAUUGAAAUGGGAUUCAACCCUCAGAGAUCAACAUUCGCUCAUGCAGUCCAAGUGCUUUGUGAUAUGCAUGAGUCAACUUUCGAACAGAAAAAAGAGGUUUAUGGGAGAUGGGGUUUGUCUAAUGAUGAGAUUCUGUGGCAUUCAGAUCACAUCCAUUGUGUAUGA